AUGUAUGCGAAAUUUGUACCUAUUCUUGUUCUUGUCUACGUAGUCGCAUUUAUUCUCUAUUUCAUCUACUCAAUCACUCAUGUUUCGUACACAAGAAAAGAGUUCUCGAAGCGAGAUAUAUCCGACGGUCCAUUAGUUCUCAAAGAGGACGUACGAGUAGUUGUAGACAGAGGAGUUGGACCUGUGAAAAAAUAUAAAAGCAAACUCACAAAUUUGACAAAAAAGGCAUCAGAGAACCAGUCAGUAGCAGCAAAGGUGAACGCCCAACAGCUGGAACUCGAGCUUGAGUUUGUGAAAGUCAGUGAAAACCUCUUAGAUGUCUUUUAA